CCUAUAGGAGAAGCCGGAGCUCCUGCGAGGCAGCGCUUCGGUCGAUGUGGGUCAGAAUUGCUUAGGGUUGCUGCCUUUGUUCUGGCAAAAUACGCGCAGGGCGAUGAGGGGGGAACGAUUCUUUAUUAAUAUCAUUUGGCGCUGAAUUGACUUCAAAGCAAUCCAUCACAAUCUACUGCAGCCCAACGGGACGCCCCUCUCUGGAAUCUUAUAAUAAAUUCCAUUUUUCGUUUUCUUUUUACAAAUAACAUUCACCCAAAUAUAAUAUACACAUUUAAUGUCGACUCCCCCCCUCCGUCCUUUCCACGGUUCAUACUGCUAAUUUCUUUUCUUUUACAUAUUAUAAUUCCCCCCUUCCCUAUUUCUCCUUUUUAUAUGCAGAUAUUUCUUCCUGCAUAAUUUUCUGUCUUUCUUUGUGUGUGUAGCCACAUUCUCUCCUAGGGCACAUGACCGGGGGAGGGGCUUCAGUGGAAAGGAAGGCAGGCUGGAGGAAGGGAGUUUGUGGCUGGGGAAACCCUGCCAGAUGGCUGAGGACCCUGCAGCUUGCUUUGGUUUCUGAGCGCCUCACGAAGGAUGAAAGAGGCUGAUCCUGCAAACCUGGCGAGGACGGAAGGAGGAAGGUGGACGGUUGACCUGGUCAGGCUGUCUCCCACAACCUCUGACUGUUCUCUCCAAGGACCCUCAGAGAGAUCUGGAACCUGCAGCUUGUUUUCGCUUCUGAGCUCCCUAGGAAGGAUGAGAGAGUCUGAUCCUGCAAACCUAGCGAGGAUGGAAGGUGGAAGGUGGACGGUUGACCUGGUCAGGCUGCCUCCUGCAUCCCUCCCCAAAACUGUUGAGCAUUUCCUCCCAGGGCCCUCAGAGAGAUCUGCACCAUGCAGCUUGCUUUGGCUUCUGAGCGCCUCGCGAAGGAUAAAAGAGACUGAUCCUGCAAACCUAGUGAGUAUGGAAGGAGGAAGGUGGAUGGUAGACCUGGUCAGGCUGCCUCCUGCAUCUCUCCCCAAAACAGUUGAGCAUUCCCUCCCAGGGCCCUCUGAGAGAUCUGGUGAGUUGCAGGGGAUAAGAGAUGGGGGCAGGGAUGGAUAGAGACCAGGAGGGGGGGGGGAAGGGGAGAAGAUGGAGAGGAGAGAAAAGGCAGGGAGAAGGAAGCAGAGAGGCCUUCUCCCAUGCUCCUCUUUGUUUCUGGAAUCUGCUUUCAUAGAGAAGCCAGAAACCUUUUAAUCUCACAGGAUUUCGAUUUUACAUGUUUUCCCCCCACUACAUGAUUAAAUGAUGAUGAUGACCUAAACUAAUACAGAAAUAGAGGUAAAGGUGCUUGGAAAUGCUUUACGUAAAUAUGUAUUUAUUUAUUUAAUUUAUUAAAUUCAUAUAUCACCCUUCAUACAAAAAUGUUCCUUGAAACCCUAAAAAGCAUUUCCCCCUUUGCUCCAAAGCAGGUGACGCAGACCAUCGAGAGAACUCUGCAGAAUGUGGAAGGAGCUUCAUUGCAAACCAUCAACAGACUCACACAGGGGAAAAACUAUUUCAGUGCGAUGAGUGUGGAAAGUCUUUUGGCUACAAAUCACACCUUACCACACACCAGCGAACCACACACCAGCAAACUGAAAAACCAUUUAAGUGUACUGUGUGUGGAAAGAGCUUUGGUCGGAAACAUACGCUUAAAAAGCACCAACGAAUUCACACGAGGGAAAGACUAUUUAAUCAUGCAGGGGGAAAACAAUAUGAAUGUGUGGAAUGUGGGAAGUGCUUCAGGCAGAGUGGAAAGCUUACAAGACACCAGUGGAUUCACACAGGAGAGAAACCAUUUAAAUGUAUGGAGUGUGGAAAGAGCUUCAGCGAAAGUUGGUCCCUUAAAAUUCAUCAUCGAAGUCACACAGGGGAGAAACCAUUUAAAUGUAUGGAGUGUGGAAAGAGCUUUAAACAGAGUGGGGAGCUUAAUUUACACCAUCGAACUCACACAGGGGAGAAACCAUUUAAAUGUACGGAGUGUAAAAAGAGCUUCAGUGACGGGGGAACACUUAGAAAACAUCAACUAAUUCACACAGGGGAAAAGCCAUUUACUUGUACGGAGUGUGGAAAGAGAUUCCGUCAUAGUAGUUCACUUCGAAUACAUGAACGGACUCACACAGGGGAGAAACCAUUUGAAUGUCUAGAGUGUGGGAAGUGGUUCAGUCGAAAGACACACCUCACUUCACAUCAGAGAACUCACACGGGGGAGAAACCAUUUAAAUGUUUGGAAUGUGGAAAGACUUCCAGUGAUAGUCAAAAGCAUGCAGAUCAUCAACGAAUUCACACAGGGGAGAAACCAUUUAAAUGUAUGGAGUGUGGAAAGCGGUUCAGUCGUAGCAGCUCACUUAGUUUACAUCAGCGAACUCACACAGGGGAGAAACCAUUUAAAUGUAUGGAGUGUGGAAAGAGUUUCCGUCAGGGUGCAAACCUUAGAACACACCUGCAAACUCACACAGGGGCUAAACCAUUUAAAUGUAUGGAGUGUGGAAAGAGUUUCCGUCAGAGUGCACACCUUUCUACACAUCAAUAUACUCACACAGGGGUGAAACACUUUAAAUGCUUGGACUGUGGAAAGAGCUUCAGUCAACGUAAUAAACUUAGUGAACAUCAGAGAAUUCACACAGGGGAGAAACCAUUUAAAUGCAUGCAGUGUGGGAAGAGGUUCACUCAUAGUGGAACCCUUAGAACACACCGGCAAACUCACACUGGGGUGAAAAACUUUAAAUGCUUGGAGUGUGGAAAGUGCUACAGCCGACGUGAUAAACUUAGUACACAUCAGAGAACUCACACAGGAGAAUCCAUUUAAAUGUAUGGAGUGUGGAAAGAGUUUCCGUCAGAAUGUACACCUUACAUUACAGAAACAUACUCACACAGGGGUGAAACACUUUGAAUGCUUGGAGUGUGAACAUCAGAGAAGUCACACAGGGGAGAAACCAUUUUAAUGUGUGGUGGUGUAGUAAAUGUUUCACUUGAUGUUCAGUCUUUUACGUAGAAUUCUAGAGUUGACCCUGGACAUAAUUUGAGGGAUUUUUGGAUGGGGCACUGUGGAAACCCAUUCGCUGUAUUUUGUUCACUUCUCUGGAACAAAUGAACUUCAAAGGCAGACUAGCUUACAAUGCAACAAGAGAUUCAGUGCCGUCACUUGUGGACUGAAUCAGGGCAAUGGAUAUUGUUCAGGUUUGUGAACUUUGCCUUGGAAACAGAACAUGUUCCACUUCCUGUUGAGUGUGUUCCGUUUGUAAAUUGAGACCCCUCUGCUAAUCAGAGGCUUCCUGUUGAGUCCGGAG